AUGCGGGUGGACGCCAGUCUACUUAAAUGUCGACUCAAUGACCGCGCUCAGGUAGGUCAUCUGGUAGAACACGAUCUGGCUGUCGGAAUCACUGAAUGGACGCUGGUCAGCAGAAGAGCAGCAGUCAUUCCGCUGAAAUUGCAGCAUGCCAAAGCUUUGACCUUGUUACACAUCGGUACGGUCUAUUCGGAGAACGCAAUCCUUCCUAGAUGA